AUGCCUUUCGGUAUUCUCGAUGACGACAAAUUGGAGCAUAUUCCAGGUACGGCACCACUGAACGGGCUUCAAAAUACCGAUACCUACUCCGGCCUCGAUCCAGGAUUCCUGAAGCGCGAUUCAACGGGGCAAUUUGUACUUGUUCCGCAGCCGUCGGACUCUCCCAAUGACCCCUAUAACUGGUCACGCAAACGAAAAGAACUGUUUACAAUCACGUAUGGAUGGGGCUGCGGGUGUGUCGGAGGGGGGGGCACUAUUGCUGCAAUUGCGAUCGGAAGCCUUAUAUUCAACUCCCUUGCAGUCAAGUACGGAAAGCGACCGGUGUAUCUGGGUACAACAGUUGGGUUGAUGGUUUCUUGCUUCUGGGCAGCCGAGGCAAAAAGCUUCGAGUCUUUCGUGGCUGCAAGGGUGUUCUGUGGGCUCUGUAUGGCACCGAUGGAGGCCCUAGUCCCUGCAUCAAUUUCGGAUAUUUGGUUUGUUCACGAGAGGGGGUUUCGGACUGCUGUAUUCAACCUAGGAGUACUUGGGGGAAUCAAUUUGGCAGUUCCAAUCGCUGCUGCGAUUAUUGAAUUUAGCUCCUAUCGCAUAGCGUUGCAUGCAAUGGGAGGCGCCUUUGCACUAACCCUCAUUAUGGUCGUGGUUGAGGGCAAAGGGGCGUUGGAGCAGCUCGAACAUGCACCUACCUCCGGUUCGAUACCGAAUGAGGAACCUGUAUCCUGGACGAAAAGACUACUGCCAUACAGUGGCUAUGUUAAUCAAGUUUCGUUCUGGAAUACGUUGGUCCGACCUUUCUACCUCAUCGCGUCGCCGGCCGUACUAUGGGCCGUUCUUCUUUUCACAACAUGCAUUUCGUGGCUCGUCGGAAUAUCACUCACGCUAUCGCAGAUCUUCUCCGCUCCGCCUUAUAACUUUUCUGUGGUUGGAGUUGGAGCGACCAAUUUGUCGUCAUUCGUGGCCUCUGUUCUCGGUACUAUGACCGCAGGGCCACUUAUCGACGGUUUGGUUACUAGGAUGUCUAGAAUGAAUGGAGGAAUCUUCGAGCCUGAGUUCCGUUUACCCAUAAUGGUUACAUAUCUCCUGUUUACGUCCACUGGGUUUUUCGCUUGGGGGCAAUCUUCAUACGCGCAAGACCCUUGGCCGGUACCUGUGAUAGUGUGCCUUGGUCUCAUUAACUUUGGCGUUCAACUCGGUACGACUGGGGUGGUGACAUACGUUGUUGAUUGCCACCGUGAGAAAGCAGGCGAGGCAUUUGCGGCCAUGAACUUUAUCAAGAACCUGUUUGCAUUCGGACUAUCAUUCUACAUCAACGACUGGAUCGAUAACCAAGGAGUCCGGAACUGUUUCUUUACCAUUGGGGGGAUAACUAUGGGAGUUACCCUAUUCACAAUUCCGAUGCAAGUACAACCUACCAUGUUUUUGAGCAGCCUAUUAAACGUUGGGUUCACCGACACGGCAUUGCUGAUCGACUUUGAAACGUCAUUACUACUCGGUGGUUUACUUGGGAAACUCGCGAUUUAG